ACGACUUCCUGCUUCAACUAAUCGCUACCUGAGCUCGAAGAACACCAACAAGUCUCCGCCCUUCCGAGAUGAGCCUCUCCGAGACCAGCCCUCCGUGCUCAUUGAGGAUCACUUUGCCGCCUCGGCCAUGUUCGGAUUAAACUUCUUCAAGCGGUUCUUUCAGUACACUUUCGUCGGCUUCGUGGCUCUUGGCAUUACUGGCUGGACCGCGUUCGAGGGUGCGCAUAUGUGGGUCGAGCACGUUGGAAUGGCGCCGGACAGGGACGAGCAGGUACACCGCUGGGAGUGGGACCGCGACGCCGAGAAGUGGUCAGGAGGCGACGCCGUGGGCGGUACAAACCAGUCGCUCGGGUAUAAAGCCAGGCAUGCCAUUCGGAGCGCUUGGAUGGCGCAGAACUGGGGGACAGGCUCGAGCUCGAGCGUGGUCAGCUCCAAGUCUGGCCGUAACGGACAGGACUCGGGGCUCAAUCUUGUGGAUGCGCGGCUUGAGUACGCGCAGAGCUUCCUGCGUGCAGCCCUCCGCAUUGCCGAGGAGAGGGUGGCUUCUGGAUCUCUUCGCCCGCAGACGUUGGGGGACCUUCUCGCGCGUCAUGCAUCCAUCAUGGAGCGCAUCGGCACGCGGGAGGCCCUCUUUGAAUCCCGUUCUGAAUUCGAGCGAGUGUGGGCUGGGCUGCCCGGAAAGGGGCCCGAUUCUGCACGAGUCGCAUUGAAACUCGGCGACCUGAACUACAGAUUGGGGGACACAGAAGACGCCGUCUCAUGGUGGACCCGGUCUCUGCAGCUCACGCAGGGUGACAGCACAGAGAGCCCGUCUUCACUUCCGGCAGUGGCCAGCACCAUCCCUUCGUCACCCUCCGCACAACGCACACUCAUCUCUACACUAGUGUCCUUGUCCGCCUUCUACUCUACCUCUGGCCAGCUCAAGCAAGCGAAAUCCCUCCAAGAAGCAUCGCUAGACCUGAUGCGGUCUGUGCCCUCUCCUCCUAACCUCGCUUCCGCCUCACCACCUCAAGCACUUCACUCCCUAUAUGUCCUCCACCGCUCCUCGUUGCUCUCCAUCCACCUCGCCGAAGUGAUGUACGCCCUCCACCUGCCCAAAGACUCGUCCGUGCAGUACCUCACGCAAGCCGCCGAGUCCUCGGAGCGCGUCGCGCUCGCGCUCGCGGGUCUGCCAUUCACGCGGCAGCCAAACACCGCCACCCCUUCCCUUCCUCAGCCCCCAGCAUCGGGAGCCGGCCUCGUCCCCGUAUACGCAAAGUCGACAGCUAUGAGCAAGCCGGCCAAGAGCCUCUUGCGUGACGCGCGCCGGAGCGCCGCGGAGGCGUGGAACCUGAUAGGGAUUCUGAAGGAGGGGUCGAAGAAGCCUGACAUGGAAGGUGCUCUGGAUUGUUACGAGCGGGCGCUCGGCUGGGCGGGCGUCGCUAAAGAGCGCGCUGGCGGAGUGGGCGAAGCUGGUGAAGGGACCUUGGAGGCAGAGUGGAAGGUGCUUUGGGCCAACUACACCCGUGCGAGGGAGGCGGUCAGGAAGCAGACUGAAGGGCGCUGAUUGAGUGAUAUUGAGCAGUGUUUAGAUUGUGAGGGUACGUAUAAUACAUUGGUCGUAACAAUGCAAGAAUGAAAGAGACUAUGGACGAUGAACUGAAAGUAACUAUAUAGGUAUAUGCUAACUAGUGUCCAUUAGUACAGACUGCACUCAUCUCCUGCCCAAGCCGCUAAGAUUCCAAGCAAUCUUCGACUGCACGAAGCUGGACUUGACUACUAGCCACAACAACCAAUCUCGCACCGUCGCUUUGCUGAUAGGCAGCCACCAGCAGAUGCUCUCGCUAUAAUGAGACCCCGAGUAAGCUAGCAGGUUCUUGGUCAGACCGAUGAUUUCGAGCGCCCGCGCUCGACGAGAGUCAGCGAACUCCCGCAGCAUGCGGUCUGUCUCAUGCGUCGGCCGGCUGGCUUCGGUGGCCCGAAUGUGCUUCGCGAGCACCUCUCCGAGGAAGAUGGAGUCACGGAUACCCAGGUUCAUGCCCUGGCCGCCAGCGGGCGAGUGGAUGUGGGCGGCGUCGCCGACUAGCAGGAUCGCGCCGCCCUCGGAGAGAGCUUCGGGGUCGCUGGGCUGGGCAUGCGGGUCUGCGCCGAAGCGGGUGAAGGUGCGGUCGGCGACUGCAGAGUGGGUGCGGAAGCGGGAAGACCAGAUGACUUCCUUUAUGGUGGUGCCGUGGGGGUUGACGGUGGGGUCGGAGGAGAGGAACAGGGGGCCGAAGCGGUCCGCGAGCUGCUGCAUGUACGCUUCGUUUGGUCCGGAUGGGAUUUCCCCCUCGGAGGAGGGUACACCGCAGAUGACGCGGUAGAUGCGUUCGUCGGUGGACCGGCCGAGCAGCUCGUUCAGGGGCUUCGGGAGAGGCAUGAAGAUGAAGAUGGAGCCUGGGGAGGCGGUACCGCGGAAUUCGGCGGGGACCUUGGCGUCGUUGUUGAUGAUGAUAUCUGCGAGCGCCAUCUGGUUUGUCUGUCCCUCGAGCAGCGCGAUGUCCUGACCGUCUGGGUCCGCAAAACCGAUGCCAGCUGUACUACGGACCACUGAGCGAGCGCCAUCCGCGCCGAUGACAUACUUGGCUUUGAUGACUUGCCCGUUGUUGAAGGAGACAUCGGUGUAUAUGUUGUCCUGCGCAUUACGCCCAAGCCCUGCCACUCGCAUGGGCCUGUAAACCUCGAUUCCAUCACUCUUCAGUUUCUUCCUAAGCUCGAGCUCGGUCAGAGUCUGGGGAAUGAUCAAGGCAAAGGGGAAUUUAGUGAGGCCGUCGAGGCUAGCGCCGAAGUCGACAUGGGCAAGUCGUGUGGAGCGGUUGUGAAUGUUGAGCUGCCUGUUGGGCACUCCUUGUGCGACAAUAUCGUCUGCAAGCGCAGGAUCGAUUG